UAGCUUGUCUGUAUUCUGUAAUCUAUUCUAUAAAUAUAUUCGUCCUCCAUAAAAUUAUUUUCCAAGCUUCGUUUAGCAGGCUACGCGCAGAUAUUUGCAAUCAAAGAUAGUUGUUUAAAGAAGGAAGAAUGGCAUUAGUUUCUGGAGGAAGGUCAACACUGAAUCCAAAUGCACCAUUGUUUGUUCCUGCUUCCGUACGUGCAUUGGAGGACUUCUCACCUGAAUGGUGGAACCUGAUGAAUUCUGCCACAUGGUUCCAUGACUAUUGGCUCAGCCAGCAGCAGGGAACAGAAUAUGAUAACAAUGAUGUAGCUGAUUUGUUGCCUGAUACCAUUGAUCUCGAUGUUGAUGAGGACAUAUUGAACAUGGAAGCUCAGUAUGAAGAGUUUCUCCAAUCAACUGCAAGUGAGCAAACAUAUCAGUCUUCUCUCGCGGGUGUAAAGGGUUUUCCUGAAUCCGGUUUUAACAAACAUAGUGAUUCGUUGCUAAGAAGUCUGAGCUUCCCCAAGGAGAGGGGGCCUAAAUCCCCCAUUGAGCCACCCAAGUACUAUGAGAGGCCGGCAAAGACUGUUAGCCCGAAAUGGAACACUCGCAUCAUCCAGCAGCCCCGCUGAAUGUUUUAGCUAGCCAGGUUUUAGCAUAGCCAGCUCUACUUGGCAGUUAUGUCACUGCAGCCAGUCAUUUUGUCUUUAAAUCUGUUGUAUCUUUUGUAUAGGGCAUGGUAGGUUUCCGCCCUUGUAUCUAGCCUUGUUCAUUCCAAACUUUUGUUCAGCUUAAACCAAAAACUCUGUUGAAAAGUAGAAAUCUUUUGACAAAAAUGUAAAAAUUUUAAAAGUUAGACAUUAAUGGGUUGUUUGGUAGA